AUGAACGCUGAGAUCCACCGCACUCUCGCUGACAUUGGCGAAGUGUCUCAGCUCGCCCUGGACGCACUGAGCCGUUUAGAAAACGCUCUUCGCGUUUGCGCCGAGGGUUUCGAACGCGGCGACACCAUGGUAAUCAUCCCGGACAACCUCCCCGUUCUGCUCGGAAACGGCGUAGCAGAGCUCUUCAAGAAGGCCUUGGCCGAAAAGACAGGAUUGCCGAUCAAACUCAUUGAUCUCAUUCCUAUGGAGACCACCAAAACCUCACACACUAUCGUCAAGAUGCCAAAGAACACCGCAGCUUCACCUCAGGCCCAACCCAACUAUCAGUUGGUGAAGACUUCAAGCGAUUCUGCUGUCGGCUUGGACGCCCUUUCUGUCAACGUCAUCAAGAAGGCUCCCCGACCAAUGAAUUGUUGGAUCAUCUUCCGAGAUGCGAUGGCUAAGGAUCUGAAGAUCGAGUUCCCGCAGCUCACUGUUCAAGAGUUAUCUUCAUUCUGCUCCGACAUGUGGAAGGACCUCGGACCAACUGGCAAGGCGCCCUGGCAGGCUGCCGCACAGUCGGCCAAGGAAGAGCACUUGCGCCAGCAUCCGGACUACAAGUAUAGUCCUAGGAAGCCAGGCGAGAAGAAGAAGCGCCAGUCACGCAAGGCUAAGCGCGCAUCGGCGAUUUCGACUGUUCCUGAGGUUGUCAACUUUCAAGUCGCCCCCAACAUUGCGAUAUCAUCGCCUAGCUCGACCUAUGAGAAUGCGCUUCCCGUCAACGACAUCACUCCUGAUAUUGGCAGUCCCUUUAUCAACGACUUCGCUCCGUUCUUUGAUGUGGCCGACAUGCUCGACAUGUUCCCUCAAGAUCCAGUGUCUGCCAGCAUCACCUACGACUCAGAGUCUUUUCGUCAUGCUCGCCUUGACAACGAGUUCGGCUUCAACUUCAACAUGGACGCAACCUUUGCGCUGGCUGAUGACGACCUCUUCGCCUUUCGCGACGGCGCAGACGAUGAUGCCAUACUACCCGCCUUGGCCCAUGACACCUACUAG